UGGGGGCAGUGGGUCUCUUCCUCUCUUUCUUUCUCCGCGUAUUCGCGCUUUGAAGUAAACCAACAACUACUGUCCUGGAGUCAGCGGGUGUGGAGCCUUGAGCGUGGUAGGUCGGUAGGUAGGUAGGUAGGUCGGAGGAACCUUGCAGUGCAUUGUUCCCUUUUCUGCAGCCUGAUGCAGGGAGAUAGAGCAAGUCCCGGUGAUCUGGAUGGGUGACGGGAGGUCGUUCUGAACUUGUACCGAACCCAAUUUACCGUUCAACCGAGGAGCAAAGCGGCACCGGGGGGGAAACAUUCGAUGUUAAACCGGGGAAUAUUCGAUUCAAAAGAAAGGAAAAGGGACCCAUGAGGAGGAGAGUGCACCGGGGAGACGCGAGUCUGCUCCUCAGCUGAAGAUCGGUGGAAGCGACCGAAACACAUGGACAGAGAUGAUUUCUGCGGGAGCGGGUUGUUGAUGAGCGAUCGGACCUCGGGUCGUGCACAAACAGAAGUGUGAAACCACAGAUGGAUCCACUGUGUGAUGGAAUCAAGAAAACCGAGUUCAGUGAUCUGGCUGCAAACUCUCGGCCCCCUCCAGCUAAGAUGGCUCGGCUGGAGCAACACAACGCGGGACCCUCAACCCCAGAAAGGACGAGGCCAGGGAGUCCUUUGCCUAACAGUCCCUGCCCAACCCAGAAACCCACCACAGCAAGUUGGCACUCCAAAGGAACCCUGCUGCCCGUGUUCUGUGUGGUGGAGCAUCAGGAAAGUUCUGUGGAAGCAGAGAGGAGAGACGAGCACGCUGAGUUCGUGUUGAUCAAACGGGAUCUGCUGUUUAAUCAGCUGACAGAAAUGGCCCUGCUGGCGCUGGGGUACUCCCACAGCUCUGUGGCGCAGGCUAAAGGUCUGAUCCAAGUCGGCAGGUGGAACCCAGUGCCUCUGUCCUCUGUGACUAAUACUCCUUAUGCGACAGUGGCUGAUAUGCUGCAUGAUGUUCACCAUGUUGUUACGCUGAAGAUCCAGCUUAACAGUUGUCCCAAACUGGAAGACCUGCCACCAGAGCAGUGGAGCAUCUCCAAUGUGAGAAAUGCUCUGAAGGAGCUUCUUAAGGACAUGAAUCAGAGUUCCUUGGCCAAAGAGUGUCCACUUUCCCAGGGAAUGAUAUCAUCUGUUGUAAAUAGCACUUACUAUGCAAAUGUCUCGGCUGCCAAGUGUCACGAGUUUGGUCGGUGGUACAAGCACUUCAAAAGGUCCAAAAGCCACCAAGACAUAGAGUGCUUUUCUGAGCAAUCCUCAGAUAUUCCUCACAUCCAGCAGCCGAUCCCGAGCAGCCCAGUCGAUCAGAACUCCAACCUUCUUUUCCCUCAUGGAUCAGUCGCCAACAUCUGUGGUCGGCCAUCGCUCGGUCUUCACCCUCCCGGUUUGGUCCCGCAGCCUCUCAGCUCCCAAAUGGUGAACCAGCAGCUGAUGAUGACCCAGUUUCUCAACCAGCAGUAUGCCGUUACCCGCAUGCUAGCCGGCCAGGGUCUCUCUUCUUCUCCGCAGCAGUUUCUCAACCACCCCCCAGUGGGGAGGCCUCCUGCCAAGGCCUUUUCCAAACCCUCUGAUUCUCAAGCAUCACAGCAGGCGCAGUGCGGUUCUGGAGGGUGUCCAGCAACGAUACCGCAAAAUCAAACGGCGGCUGCGAUGUCUUCAGUGGCACCAACAGACGUACCGAGUGACAUCUACCAGAAUGUGCGAGAGGAGCUGAGGAGAGCGGGCAUCUCCCAAGCCAUCUUUGCCCGAGUGGCCUUUAACAGAACCCAGGGUUUACUCUCAGAGAUCUUGCGUAAGGAGGAGGAUCCGAAACACGCCUCCCAGUCUCUGCUGGUCAACCUGCGGGCCAUGAACAGCUUCCUGCAGCUUCCUGAGGCCGAGAGAGAGCGCAUGUACCAGGAGGAGAAGGAGAGGAGCAUGACCGGUUUCCCACCCAGUUGCGGCAACACGCCCCCAAGAUCCACACAGGCGAGACUGUCACCGGUUACAGCCGACAGAGGGCUCAGGACGGACAGCUGUGUUCUUAACGUCAGCGCCUCCAUCUAUGACGAGAUCCAUCAUGAGAUGAAGAGGGCCAAAGUGUCCCAGGCUCUGUUCGCUAAAGUUUCCGUCUCCAAGAGUCAGGUAGGGGGCUCUCUCUCGCUCGUUGCCAGCAAAAAUCCACGGGCUUGUCUAAUCCCGAACUUGUGCGUAGUUUAACCGCUCAUUUUUGUUUCCCCUCUCUCCAGACCCGCAAUCUAUGCAAAAAAUUCUGACCACUGCAUCUCCAUCCAUAAUCGUAUAUUCUUCUUCCUUUUCUUUAUCACUGUGUAUUUGUCUCAACAGCACCAACGCAACUGCAUGAUGUCUCAGCAACAUCAUCUUCAACCCCAUCACCCACUGCAGCCUGAGCCAGGCCUUGAGCUGUCUCCACCCCAGCCAUGCGCUGCAUCACCUGCCGAGUCUGAGGCCGGGGCCGCCUGGGGGCACUUCAGAGUAAAACUGCACAGCAGACCCAGCUGGGCGGACGAAAGGGAAGACAGUAAGGAAUGGGCCGAAGGGGAGAGAGAAAACGCUUAUAAUCCAGGUGUGGACUGGGGCGUUACUGGAAGAGUGGGGUGCACUGGUAGAGAGGGUGAUGUGCAGGAAAGGGAUGUGACCAUACGCCUGGGAGGUCAAGGCGACGUUAGUCACAACAGCAGGAGUGAAAAUGUCAAGAACAACACGUUCGCGACGAGGUCUGCCAUCAAGAGCGAGAACAAUGGCAGGGUUGGAGUUUGCUCCGGGACAGAUAAUAAAAUAAUUGUUAAAGAAGAGGUCCCAGGUGACAGGUUGACGGUAUCCAAUGACGCCCUGGGAAUCCUGCAGAGCUUCAUCCGGGAUGUUGGCCUCUACCCAGACGAAGAGGCAGUCCACACCCUCUCUGCCCAGCUGGGUUUGCCCAAAGACACGAUCCGCAUCUUCUUCAGCAGCCAGGACUUGGAGCAAAGCCGAGACAACAGCCGGAGUCCGGCGCACGGUCACGACAGCCGGCAAGUCCGUUUGAACCCAGACCUACUCGUGGCAGACUUAACCGCACAGGAACCGGACGUCACUGUGAAGGCAGAAAGGAAAGUGAUCGAGGUGGAGAGAAUCGGUAGAGACGCAACAAGUGAGGUCUCUAUUUCACGGGAAUCGGAUGUUGCCACACAGACAUUUCCCCCAAUGAAGGAGGAGCAGGAGAGCUACAUCUGAGACAUCCAAAACCUGGUUAGAACAAGCAAUAUUUUCUCUGUGAGCCACCUAACGGAUCUAAUCCUUAUUUGAUCCACGAGUUAAUAACUUGGCUGCUCUUGCAUCUUCUUUCAAUGAAGUUGACUGUGUUUUGAUACAAGAUAAUAGGCAUGUGCUGUUACACACAGUAGAAUAUUACUUGGGCUGCAUAUGACAUAACUUCUGGAAAGUGUACAUAUAUGGAUGUCUGGACAUUCUUUGUUGUUGCAACCACAUCUGGAUAAUAUUUUCUCGCAGGUGUUUAAACGACAAAAAUUUCAGAGUUGAUCCCACAGAGGACAAAAAAUACAUACAGUAAACAUUUAUUGACUUUUCAAGCAUGUUAAAAAUGCUCUGCUGUAUUUAUACAUGGUUUUUUUCUGUUACAGUGUUAUUGGUGCAGUAGUUGGAUAAAUCCUCACUAAGAGAUGUCAAAAACUAGCUGUGAUUUUUUUUUUCCUGUUUUUGCACUUUCUUGAAGUAUUUUAGGACUGUAUUGCACUCUUAGAAACUCUAUGUUCAGUCACGUUAAAAGGAAAGAACUGCCGCUUUUAACUCUAAGGCUUUAUGCAUUAGUGUAAUUAAAAAUAUUCUGGUCCUCGCCUAUCAAGUGCCAAAACUUUCACAGUGCGACACGCGAAUAAGUUGUCAAAUAAGUAUUUAUUUGUGGAAAUAAAUAAAAUAAAGAAACAAAUGCAGAAAUAGUGCAUCAAAGAUAGCAUUUGGAGCUGCUUCCGGGUGAUUGGUCUUUAGUUGAUUUGCUGUGCAGGUUGUCUCUAGUGCCACAGUGGCUGUUUGAAUAAUUUCAUGAAAGACAUUAGCGCUGGAAAUAUGAGGUAAUCAAAUAAAUACUAAAGGAAACCAGGUUUGAUUUGUAUUUUUACUUUUUUACAUGUGACAGAUUCAAUGUUUAAUUUUUGAUUUGCAACAUUUAAUUGUCAGAACACUGAAGUAAUACUACAUAUAUUUUAAAUUUCUGUAACAUGUCCAUCACAGCUUUUUUUUUUUUACUUAUCAGAUGUGAAAUUCUAACAAAUUAUUUAUUUAUAAGAGAGUGGGACUUGAAGUCUUUGAUAUUCACUACAUAUUCAAACUAAAGGACAAACAAUACUUCAAGUUUUAUUAAUAUUUGUACACCUAAAGAUUUCAAAAUGAACAGAAACAAGACGUUGAAAACCGAAGGGUAUUUUUUAAUUUGAAGCGACUGCAGUAAUCUUCCUGCCGUCACGUUUUACGCCAAUAUUAAGUACACGGCUUGAUAUUGGCUUGUUUAAAAGGUUUUGCAAACAGAAUUUGUGCUUUUUUGAUUCAACAUUCAGCUCCUGCCAUAGAAAAUUUGAUCAUCAAAAGUGAAGCUGUACAAUAUCUAAAACUUGGCCCAAAUUUGGCAGUCAGAUAAUUAUUCCAACCCCACCUGCAGAUCUAAAAAAAGGAUGCAUGUUUAUUAAAAUGCUGCUAUAAAGCAUGAGAUACCUUUUUAUGUUAAAAUAAAUAAAAACUUGGGGCUAAUCUGACAGAGAAAUCUAAUUUUUUUAGACUUAUUUUUAACAUAUUACCCUAUCUAACCCUAUUUUUAAAACUGCCAUUGCUAUUUUUUGCCCUGACACUGGAGGUCAACUGUGACUAAGUGUACUUAUGUUUGUAAAUGGGUGAUGUGUGUAUAGUAUAUCUGUCAAAUAAGGUGAACCAAUUCAACAAACCUCAAGCUCUUAAUGUUUAAAAGGAGUAAAUUGUUGCUAGUUGUCGAGAAUUGUAGGGACCAAUAAUGCCUGUUUGAGAGCGGCACUGCCUUCCUCUGUCUGUUUUUACCUCUUCAUUAUUUACCCUCACAGUGAUUUGUAAUAUGUACUUGAAGGUACUCUUGUGAGCUGGUUUUAAUUUGUCUAAUUUAUUAAAAGUUGAUUUUUGUUUUUCUCGCAAUAUGUUUACUGACUGAUGCAAUAAAAUUCAGGCCUACAUAUUUCCUGUAAGGUUGAAGAAUUAACAUUAAAAAAAACAAAACUUGA